CGAGCUCUAGCGCAGACCUACAAGACAAGUUUUUUUUUCUACUUGCAGCUCUUCAAAGGCACGCCCCUUUUCAAAAUCCGUGACUGGUUCAGAGGCUUGAAGGAUAAAGUGGCGAAGACAUUGCAGUUAACAAAAGAACAGCUAAAGUCACUCAAAGAAAGACUGAAGGUUUCAUUUUACACUUAUUCCAUUAUUCUUAACGUUAGCGGCGAUCUUUAUCAAGGCGACGUAGUCCUAACAGUCGAGCAAGCUCAAGAAAUCAUCGGGGGUAUAGAAGAUCAGGUCAGCGGCGGAAAUCGUACCAAGCGUCAGGCAUUCAAAGAUCGAAGAUAUCCGAAGACGUUAUGGUCAGAAGGAGUGAGCUACUACUUCCACUCACUUGCUAAGAUGCGAAAUGCAUUCAUAAAAGGAGCGAAAUUAUGGGAAAAGGACACCUGUAUCAAUUUUGCUGAGAACCGUUUCGCUGAAAACCGAAUAAUGGUGUUCCCGGAAGACGGAUGUUGGUCGUACGUGGGUAAACUCGGGGGUGAGCAGAAACUGUCACUUGGAUCAGGCUGUGAAACACCAGAUAUCGCUGCUCACGAAAUUGGUCACGCUCUCGGAUUCUUCCAUACCAUGUCGCGUUAUGACCGUGAUGACUUCAUCACAGUAAAUACCGUCAAUGUCAAGGUAUGCCUUUAUCAAUUCAACAAAGAGACACCAAGCACGAACGACAACUACGGGAUGACCUACGACUAUGGUAGCAUUAUGCAUUAUGGUGGAACUAGUGCAUCCUACAACCGAAAGCCAACAAUGGUACCGAAAGAUGUCAAAUAUCAACAAACUCUUGGUUCUCCGAUCAUUUCGUUCAUUGAACUCUCCAUGCUCAACGAACACUAUAAAUGCAAAGAAAAAUGCGACCCAAUCAGAUCGGUAAAAUGUGAAAUGGGUGGUUUCCCUCAUCCUCGAGACUGUCAAAAAUGUAUCUGCCCUGGUGGAUACGGCGGAAAGCGAUGCACAGAAAGACCAUCAGGGUGCGGUGAAACAAUCAGAGCUACUUCCAAGUGGACGACGCUCGAAGAUGUUGUGGGCAAUAACCGUGAAAAUGAUGAAUUCUUCACAUGUAACUAUUGGCUUGAAGUAUGUUACUUUCAGAAACCUCUCAAAAAUAGAUCACGGCGUUUCUCCGUUGACGGUUGCAAAUAUGCCGGUGUAGAGAUCAAGACCAACAAGGAUCAAACACUCACUGGUUACAGGUACGGCUGCAGCCAACUCACUCUUCAAUCGUUCACAAAUCGUGUCCCUAUAAUGACAUACAACAGGCUCUACCAAUCCAAGACUGUCCUCGAAUACCGAUACGGCAAGUAUUUUGUCACUUUUCUGAUUCAAAACGACUUAUUUGAACCAAACAAUUUAGUUCCGGGAGGUUCGGUUGUGCCUGCUCCACUCCCUCCUACAACCACUACCAAGAGUCCAGCAGUCGGCCCGCAAGGCAGCAAAUGCAUGGACGAAAGCACGUAA